CACUCGCAGUCAAUGCCAUACAAAUGGCGUUCACUUUUGUGUUGACAUUUUGUGCCAACUUUUGACUCAUUCAGAGAUUGUGUUUAUAUUUUUCGGUCCAUUAAUUGUGACAUUAAUUAUAAUCACAAUUAAUAUAGAGUUUAAUCUGUGUCUCGCUUUCAUACCAUAACGUACUAUCCAAUCGGGAGAUCAUGGGCUGCGACGGCGGGACUAUACCGAAGAGGGAUGAGUUGGUCCGCACUAAACAGCGUCGGGAACAGACGGACCGUACGGUAGAAUUGGUGGCGAAAUGGCAUUACUGUGCCAUAAGUACUGCCAAACUCGUGGAGCCGAUGGUGUCGUGCGAAUUGGGCCGACUCUACAACAAAGUGGCGGUCAUUGAGUACCUGUUGGACAAGACAUCGACGCCCAACGCCUCCCUCUGUCAACACAUCCGAUCACUUAAAGACGUAAAGCCACUCAAUUUGACCGUUAAGACCGACUACAACGACAAGAAACCCGAAAUCGAUGGCCAAUACAUCGACACUCAGGACUCGAAGUUUGUCUGUCCGGUCGUCGGCAUUGAAAUGAACGGCAAAUACAAGUUCUGUUACAUCCGUUCGUGCGGUUGUGUGAUGUCUGAGAGGGCCCUCCGAGAGGUGAAGUCCGACACUUGCCAUAAGUGUAACAAAGAGUAUUUGGCGGACGACGUGAUUGUCAUCAACGGUACCGACGAUGAAGUGAAACAACUGGAGAGUCGUAUGAAUGAGCGAAGAGCUAAGGCUAAGGACUCGAAAAAGAGCCGCAAACGAAAGGCAACGGAAGUGGAGACCGAUGCCGGUCCUCAGCUCAAGACAAGUGAUAGCAAAACGACAGCCUCUUCCUCAACAUCGGCAACGGAAGUGGAGACCGAUGCCGGUCCUCAGCUCAAGACAAGUGAUACCAAAACGACAGCCUCUUCCUCACCAUCGGUGGCGUCCACAUCGGGUACUGCGAGCGCAUCGAAGACCACAACCAAACCAAUCGACAAAUCAUCGAAAGACUAUUCGGUGGCCAAAGACCCGAAGGCGAGUGAAACAUACAAAUCAUUGUUCACGUCUCACAAAUCGGCUAAAGACAGGCCGACCGCACAUUGGGUUACAUUUAAUCCGUGUUAUAAUUAA